CGUGGGGGAUGAACAGUGUAAGAAAUGUGAGCUUUUCAGCAAGAGUGUGAACCGAGACUAAGAAAUGUGUGCUAUUCAGCAAGAGUGUGAACUGAGACUAUGUAUGUUAUGGGAGCAAUUCGACAACGCUGCAAAACAUGGAACGAGAGGGGAAGKCAAGUAAGCGACGAUCAAGUAAGAGUUCUGGGAGCAUGGAACAAUCUCCGAAAAAAUUGAAGGGGACGCCGACCGCUGGAGGGGGGAGUCCAGAGACACCGGGGACUAAGCGCCAACGCACCCUGUUUCCGCGGGUUGCGCCUUCCACAGGCACUCCAGUUCCACGGAGUGGGCCUUCUACASGCACUUCAGUUCCGAGGGUUGCACCUUCCACAGACACUCCGUCGACUCGUGCUCGGGGCUCUGGACCGGAUAAGGCUGUGUUGAUGACUGGGGGGCCUGCGGGUCAGGAACGUGUGCCUGGUCCGCGGCAGGGAAGAUCUGCAGUGGACGCUGUGCCCGGACGUAAACCGUCUGGUGAAACGACUGCCGCGGGUCGRCGGGACGAUGUGCCCGUGGUUAAUCACAAGGACAAGUUCUGGAUGCUGGACUGGGUGGGGGAGAUCGGAGAACCAUCGAGCGGCCUUGUUCUAUACGUGGUCAUAAAAGAAAAUACUGUGUCGGUAGGUGGCCUGGUGAGGUGGACUGGACAAGGUGCACCAUCUGCAAUGUUCGAGUUGACGAUGGUCCUGAAUGGAAGAGGGGAAAGGAUGUCGAAUGUUAAACACGUCACUCUUCGAUGGGCCAAACACGCAGGAUAUGGGAAGUCGCUCGUUGAUGUAUUCAACACACCACCGAGUACGGAAGUGAAGUUGUCUGACCUCAUAGAUGUCCUCGGGUUUUUCGACAGUAAUGUGAUCGCGGGCGGAGAGCCGGUUGUGCAUCCGGAAGACCGCAUAUCGGAGCCUAAAUGCGUGCUUUCGAAAACCGUGGAGACUGGGCCUUCCAUCACGAUCCACGACACACCGCCGACUCCGAACGCUGGGCAGAUUGGAGAGAAGGGUCCGUACCGCGGACUGGUCGUGCCGUCAGCCCCUGUGAAGUCCAGGCCAACGGCAAGCAAAGCACCAGUUGCCUUGGGUAGCCAAUCGCGCUAUGCAGCAGCCACCAAGGGACCUCUCUCCUUAGUGGGCCAGCAGCGCUGCGACUACACUGUGCCAAGCCGCACAGAGGAAGCCCUUGAAUAUUUUGAAGAUGAUGAUGACGAGAACAACGAGGAAUAUUCAGAACGAGGAGGAGGACAAGAAUAGUAUGCGGUGGGUGUCGGUGACAUGACGAGGCGCUAUGGGGGAAAAAGUAAAGUGGUUGGACGUGA